UGGAGAUGGCAAGUUUAUUGAGCUCCUCUCUGUCCAGCUGCCUCCCCUCCCUCCUCCUCUUCCUCCAAAUGUCUUCCAGCUAUGCAGGACAGUUCAGAGUAAUAGGACCAGGGCAUCCCAUCCGGGCUCUGGUGGGGGAUGAAGUGGAACUGCCAUGUCGCAUAUCUCCUGGAAAGAAUGCUACAGGCAUGGAGGUGGGGUGGUACAGGCCCCCCUUCUCUAGGGUGGUUCAUCUCUACCGAAAUGGCAAGGAUCAAGAUGGAGAGCAGGCACCUGAAUAUCGAGGCCGGACAGAGCUGCUGAGAGACACUAUUGGUGAAGGAAAGGUGACUCUCAGAAUCCGGAAUGUAAGGUUCUCAGAUGAAGGAGGUUUCACCUGCUUCUUCCGAGACCAUUCUUACCAAGAGGAAGCAGCAAUGGAAUUGAAAGUGGAAGAUCCCUUCUACUGGGUCAGUCCUGGAAUGCUGGUUCUCAUCGCAGUCCUGCCCGUGCUCCUCCUGCAGAUCACCGUGGGCCUCGUCUUCCUCUGCCUGCAGCGCAGACUGAGAGGAAAACUUCGAGCAGAGAUAGAGAAUCUCCACCGGACUUUUGAUCGCCACUUUCUGAUGGUGCCCUGCUGGAAGAUAACCCUGUUUGUAAUUGUGCCGGUUCUCGGACCCCUGGUUGCCUUGAUCAUCUGCUACAACUGGCUACAUCGAAGACUAGCAGGGCAAUUUCUUGAAGAACUACUCUUCCAUCUGGAAGCCCUCUCUGGCUUUGGCCAGGCAGGUGCUCUUCUCUCCAUCAGAGGACACCUGUGCUGGAGAGUAAUCCACACAGGAAGGUCUCUGCCAUGAGUUGGAGACCAGGAACCUCUCAUUGCAAAUUAUAGCAUGCCAACUUUGCAAAUUGUGGUUGUUUCUUCCAAGACCUCAGCCAUGAUGGACAGAGCUGAGAGGUGUAGAGGGUCGAACAGAAGGAACAGGAAGAGUCCAAAACAUCAGAGAGCUGAGUGAGCUGCAGAGUGAGGACGUGGGAAACCCUAACCAAAACUGGAGAUAAGAGAAACCCAUAGACUACUUCCCAGAGCCCCAUCUCGCCUUGGCAGCCUACCAAGGAGCUCAGGAAGCAAGGGAUGAAAACUGGACAGUGCACCUGCUUUAGAAUGCCUCCCUUCUACUUGCACAUCUUGUAUGGAUGGGUCCCUCAGACUCUUUCCCUCCUCUCAUCUUUUUCUUCCCAUGUUCAUACCUAUCAGAGUAUCCACUGUUUUAUUCAACAAUUACUACUUGAUGGUCUACCAAACACAAAGAAACAAGCUAGGUGCUAAUUAAUAAUACGUGUCUCCGUGUGCCACUUCUUGUCCCUUUUCCUUUCUCCCUUUCUUUCUUUUUUUUUUUUUAAAGAUUUUAUUUUUUCCUUUUUCUCCCCAAAGCCCCC